GCUUUCGAUCGUCGUACUUGUCCUCGAGCGGGUUGCCGCCAGGACUCCAUCUCUCCAUCCAACACCAGAUACAUACACCAUAGCUAUUCAAGAUGCUCUCGGACGAGUCUGAAAACGAAGGCAUCAACCAGCUCACCAUCAACGAACACUUCGCCAAGGCGUUUGAAUACCGCAAGGAGCGCGAGGAGCUCGCGAAGCUGAAGGAGAAGUAUGGGUCUGACGCAGAAGAAGAUGGCGUAGACGAGGAUGACUCGGAGGACGAAAGCGAGGACGAGGACGGCGAGGAGCUCACCCCAGCUGUAGAUGCGGCAAUUUUGAGGACGCUCCUGAGAAUAAGGAAGAAGGACCCGGCGAUCUAUGAAGGCGGGAAGGAUAUAUUUGAAGAGGAACGCCAGAAAACGGGCAAUGCAGCCCCGGUAACGCGUGCACCAAAAGACAAGUCUAAACCCUUGACGAUGCGCCAACACGCCCUCGCCUCCGCACUCAACCCCUCCUCCCGCUCACCCUCCCCCGAACCGCUGACACACGUCGCCGAGCAAGCCGCCCUCCGCAAGGAGACCAUCUCCGCCUUCCACGACGCUGUAAGCAGGCCCAAGGAAGAAGAUGAAGAUGACGGCUUCCUCGUGCCGCGGGAAAAGACGAAGGACGAGACCGAGAGGGAGGAAGAGGAGUACCGGCAGUUCCUGGAGCGCGAGGUAGGCGCCGACCUGAAGGAGAUUGUCACGCUGGACACAGGUACUGCUGGAGGUGGAGAGGAGGCGGAGCCAGAGCCAGAGCCAGAGCCAGAGGUGAAAGAGGAGGGCAAGGAGAAGAGCAAGAAGAAGAAAAAGAAGGAAGAGGCGAAAGGGAAGGGGAAAGGGAAGGAGAGCAAGGAAGAGCAAGACCAGGAGUUCCUUAUCAACUACAUCCUAAAUCGCGGCUGGAUUGACCAUGCCUCACGCCGGCUCCCAACGUACAAGGAGAUCGUCGGCUCGAAGUCCAAGAAGGGCAAGAAGAGCAAGGGGAAGGCCAAGGACGGCGGCUCCUCCAGCUCUUCAGCCUCCGCUUCGGAUGCUGAGGACAUCAAGUCUGAGGGAGAACACGGUGCGGUCUCUGGAGGAGAGGAAAUCGACGAGGACGAGUUCGACGAUGUCGCGGAUCGCUUCGAGAGCUCGUACAACUUCCGUUUCGAAGAGCCAGGAGCAGAUACCAUCGCGCGGUACCCACGAAACAUCGAUUCCCUCGUCCGGAGACAGGACACUUCACGGAAAGAAGCGCGUGAAAACCGCAAGGCUCGCAAAGAAGAGGAACUAUUGAAGAAGCGUGAAGAGGUGAAGCGCUUGAAGUCGCUCAAAAUGAAGGACUUGCAGGUACGACUGGAAAUGAUCAGCAAGGAGGGUGGCAAGGCACUUGCGAGUGACGCAUUGCAAGAGCUUGAUCUUGAGGGCGACUGGGACCCCGAUGCGCACGAUCGACAAAUGGCGGAGCUCUACGAGCGCGACGCUGACGAUGACGCACUCGACGAUGAUGAUAAGCCUACGUGGGACGACAUCGAUAUCACGGACAUCGUGCCCCCAGAGGAGGAGUCUGACGAAGAGGCGUCCUCGAGCAAGAAGAAAAAGAAGAAGAAAAAGAAGAAGGACGAAGGUGGUGUGGACGAGGGCGGUGUGGACAUCGACGAAAUGGACGCUGCGGUAGAGCGCGGGCCCGUGGAUGAGGAGGAGUGGGACGGUACUGAGGAAAUGCGCAAGCAGGUACUGGAGAAAUACAUGGACGAGCUCUACGGACUCGAGUUCAACGAUAUGGUCGGCGACAUGCCCACGCGCUUCAAGUACGCUCGCGUCGCGCCCCAAACUUUCGGCCUCUCCGCCACCGAGAUUCUCAUGGCGACCGACGCGGAGCUGAACCAGUUCAUGGGUGUCAAGAAGCUCGCGCCGUACCGCAAGGAGGGCAAGGGCAAGACCUGGGACGGCCAGCGCACCGCGCGGCUCAAGGAGCUCAAGGAUAAGCUGAAGGACCGCGGGAUCGUGCUCGGCGAGGGCGGUGCGGACAGGGACAGGACAGAGAAGCCGAAGAAGAGGAAGGGAAAGAAGGAGCGGAUGAGGGAGAAGGUCACCGCCGCUGGUGGUGAUGCGGAGGCAGGAGAGGCGGCGGGCGGCGCCGAGGAUGGGUACGAUAGUGCGGACGUGGAGAAGGAAGCGGGAAGGAAGGCGAAGCGGAGGAAGGUGGAUGAAGAAGACGGUAGGAUGGACUCAGUGAAGAAUGGCGAUGGACAGGAUGAGUCGACGAGGAAGAAGCGAAGGCGGCAUAAAAAGUCACAUCAUGGCGUGACGGUAGAUGGGGAGGCAUGAGUGAUAUCCACUUCGCUGCCCUUGUCUAAUACACAUCUCAUUUGCGAUCACACUACCGCAAAUCCAUGGUUGUUCUCAACUGUGAGUUGUGUCGUCCAUGCAUCAACUGAUAGCGUCUUGUCAGAUUUCGCAAUGAACGAGGCCUUUAGGGGUAACGAGACUUGCACAACUCACAUGGUGC